GGCACCCACAGUACUCGGCAGCGUUCGCCCAACUUACGUUUCUAAACUUGCUUUGAGCGCCCCGGUGUAUUUUGUGCUUGGGGAUAUUCUAUUUAUAUUGUAUUGCUGCAAUAAACUGACUGUAGAUCAGGCAGUAACACGCUCUCGGAGUGGCUUUCGGAAUCAUACGAGCCGGCGUUCAUUCGUGUGCCAGCACCGGGACACUGCCGCGUCUCAGGAGCGCGUCUUUCCGUGGACACGGUCACCUCCGCCACUCAUCAAAAGAAUCCUGAAGACGAUGUAUAAACCCGCUGCGCAACAGUGAGAUACAGUCGUGCAGUGAACCAGAGUUUGGCUUGCUUUAUUAGUAACCGAGACCUGACGGUAAAAAAGAAAAGCUAUGCCGGAGGAAAAAGUCUUUCAGCAGCAGGCUGUGCCUGGUCCCCUGGAGCAGUCAAAGGGGCAGCCCCAGAGUGGCCCUGUCCUGUGUCACCACUGUGGGAAGGCCUGCAAGGGGGAGGUGUUGCGCGUGCAGAACAGACACUUCCACAUCAAGUGCUUCGUCUGCAAAGUAUGUGGCUGCGAUCUGGCCCAAGGGGGUUUUUUUGUCCGGCAUGGUGAGUAUAUCUGCACUCUGGACUACCAGCGUCUCUAUGGCACCCGCUGCUUCAGCUGUGAGCAGUUCAUCGAAGGGGAAGUGGUGUCCGCCCUGGGCAAGACCUAUCACCCACAAUGCUUUGUGUGUGCUGUUUGCAAACAGCCAUUUCCUGCAGGCGACCGUGUGACGUUUAACGGGAAAGAGUGCAUCUGUCAGAAUUGCACUCAGCCUCUGUCAGCUGACAGUCCAGCACCUGUUCAGGCUGUGCACAACUGCUGCGGCUGUGGUAAGGAGUUUAAGAACGAACAGUCUUUGGUAGCGUUGGAUAAGCACUGGCACUUGGGCUGCUUCAAGUGCAAAGUGUGCAACAAAGUUCUCAAUGCAGAGUAUAUCAGCAAGGAUGGAAUUCCGUACUGUGAGAUGGACUACCAUGCUAUGCACGGUAUCCAGUGUGAGAGCUGCAAGAAGUACAUCACGGGGAAGGUUCUAGAGGCUGGAGAGAAGCACUACCACCCCACGUGUGCCAGAUGUGUGCGCUGUGAUCAGAUGUUCAAAGAGGGCGAGGAGAUGUACCUGCAAGGCUCGUCCAUCUGGCACCCGCCAUGCAGACAGGCCGCCCGUCUGGAGGAGAAGAGUAAGGCAACCAGGGCAUCUUCUGAGAGCAUCACAUCCGCUCCUGCCUCCAGUGCCUCUUGUUCUCCGAGCAGAGUGUUCUAUGCAAAGCUGGGUGAUGAGUACUUGGAAUAUAAGGACCUAGCCGCCCUCCCUAAAAUAAAGGCAAUCUAUAACAUCGACAGGCCUGACAUGCUGUCUUACUCCCACUGUGUCAGCUACCCCCCAGAGGAGAAGGCAUUUGGAGAGGGCGAUGGGGAAAAAUCACCCCACCAGAGGAGACCCUCCAGCCCCAGCUCCAACAGCUCCCUAGGAGGUUAUGGUCGCUACACACCCUCACGCUCACCCCAAACCUACAGCAGACCAGAACAGUAUGUGAGCAGUAGGUCCACCCCACAGCCUGGAAGUUCCAGCUACAUGCCCGUGUACAGUGUGGGUAGGUAUGAUGGCCACAGUAGCCCAAGGGACUCCCAUUCACUGCCACUGUACCAUGGUAGUGGCACAAAUCCCCGGCAGACAGGGACCGGCGGCGUGGCCCUGCAGUUGAACCCCACCACCUUGGCCAUGCUCCAACAGCACAACUACAUCCCUUUCUUCCAAGGAAAUGAGACAGGAUUCAAACAGGAACCAGUCUCUGAAAGUAACCCUAGGACAGGCCUGCACCUCAGUUUGCCUCCUUACGGUAGUGAAAGUGGUCGCAGCACUCCCAGCCUCUCCACCUACUCAGAUGGAAAAUCCCCGUCUUCUACAUAUGUCUCUGCACCUAAGCAUUUUCACAUACCAGAUACUAAAGCCAAAGAUAAUAUCUAUAGAAAACCCCCUAUCUACAAACAGCAUGCCUCCAGAACAUCUUGGCAAGAUGGAGAUGAUUUGGACAGAAAGACCAGAACUAGUUGGACAAAUCUGAAGAGUGAAAUGGAUGGACAAUCACCAAACAUUGACCCUAGGACUUCCACACACAGCCUACCUACAGACAUGACUCAGCCCAAUUUCUCGUGCAAUAAAUCCGCUUCCCUGCCAGGUUAUGGGCGAAAUGGCAUCUACAAGGGGGCUGAUGUGGGAGAAGAUGACCAUGACUCAGAGUGGGGCGCAAUGAGAGAGUACAAGGUUUACCCAUAUGACAUGCUUACUGUGACUCACAGAGUCAGAGUGAAACUACCGCGUGAUGUGGACCGUACAAGGCUAGAGAGGCACUUGUCACCGGAGGAGUUCUUCCAAGUGUUUGGGAUGUCCAUAACAGAGUUUGACCGCUUGGCUUUGUGGAAGAGAAAUGACCUGAAGAAAAAAGCACGUCUGUUCUAAAGCGUCCCCAACACACCCCCUGUGAACUGCCUCCACAGAAGAAAGCAUGGAUGAAGAGGAAAUGUUCCUUAUCUGUCUGAUUUGAGUGAAAAAAACAUAUAUGCACUUCCAUUCAACUGCAUAUCCGCUGUCAUAUCCGGCGUCCCUCUGAAAGAGAGCGCAGUGUGCUACAGUGCUGUCGUCCUGCGUCCUGCAUCCCACAGUAGAGCGCAGUGUGCUGCAGUGCUGUCGUCCUGCGUCCUGCAUCCCACAGGAGAGCGGUGUGCUACAGUGCUGUCGUCCUGCGUCCUGCAUCCCACAGGAGAGCGGUGUGCUGCAGUGCUGUCGUCCUGCAUCCCACAGUAGAGCGCAGUGUGCUGCAGUGCUGUCGUCCUGCGUCCUGCAUCCCACAGGAGAGCGGUGUGCUGCAGUGCUGUCGUCCUGCGUCCUGCAUCCCACAGUAGAGCGCAGUGUGCUACAGUGCUGUCGUCCUGCGUUCCACUGAAAGAGAGAGCAGUGUGCUGCAGGGCUGUCCAGCUGCAGUGAGGUGUUAAGUCACCUAGCUAUCUGUGGGAAUCCCAAUCUAUACUCUGAAUGUUUUUUUUCUGACAGGGUGGGGAACAGCAUAUGAACUGCGCAUGUCUCUGCUUCCUUCUGCUCUCGUUACUCGCUUAUGUUCAAAAUAUCUCCAGUCUGUUGUCUGUACAUGAAGAAAAUAGCUUUGGGUCUAUAAACCACCUCUUGGUAACUGUGUGACUCUAUGUGUGUGUCCUCCUGGUUCUCUCCUCUGCUCUUUUUAAUUCUGUCAGGUUCUCCUGUCCCUUUUUUCUGUUCUCAUUUCCCCAUUUGUCUUAGUGUCGGAGUGUCUCUCUCCCUGAAUGUCCCUGUUCCACUCCCUCCAUCCUGUCUCGCUCACCUCACCUUCGCUGCUUCCUCCAUGCACGGUUCUCGUUUGCAACUCGGCGUGUGGUGUCAUGUUGAUUGUCCUAUCUGCAGAUCGCGCUAGCUGCUCCCAGGUCUGCGGCCGCAGCACGCGUGAGCCAGACUCUCAGCCUGGGACGGCCGGAGCGGCAAAGGUCUUUGGACUGAAACGGCGAAGCACCUUAUUCUCCGUUUUGCAUGCUCUCAUCCUGCCUCAGUGCCGUGCCGUUUGCUAGCCUUGACUCGACUCAGCCGUUAGCUUCCGUGUAGCUGUGCUCCUUACUUUCAGGUGUACGCACUGUGAGAUUCUGAAUGAGAUUGAUGAAAAUAGAUCAUAGUCUAAUUAAAAUGCGAAAAAAUGUUCCUCGUGCAUUAAUUCCCUGUAUUUUUGUGUCAUAAAAUCAGAUAAUAUAAAAUGUUAUUGCCACACACUGUAGCAUUUUUGAUUAUAUUCUGCAUAAUGCACUCAGAACAUUGCUCCUCAGAGUAUUUUUGUACUCUCCUUUUGUCUCCUGCAAAGCUUCUUAAAAAUGUUUCAACAACUUGCAGAUGAUUACAACGCUGACUUUAGCAUGGAGACAUGCCAAGGUUACUUUUGACUCUGUAGGGUGUAGCCGCGCUAAGGUAUAAAGCAUUUGAAAAGCAUGUGGCUUAGUGACGCAUCACUGAAAACCAAAUAUGACCAUGUUUUGCUUUAUCUGUUUCUCAGUAAAUAUGUGUGUACGUACAAUGUAUAAAUAUCCGAAGCAGUUGCUACGUCACUCUGUUGGCAUGCACUGUAUGCAGUUGAAAUGGUAUUAAUCAUAAAUCAAAUGGGAUUGUACUCUCUGUGUGCUCACACACGGAUGGCUUGUUUUUGGCUUAUUGAUCCAGAUUUAUUGUACCCUUUGUAAAACUUGUUUAUUGGCGAAUUGGGAAUUCUCAUUCUUCAGUCAUUUGGUGUACUACCGAAAUUGAGUUUCAACCAAAUUUAGCAUGGAUGAAAUAUUUUGUGCAUUUGGUCCUAAAUGUUGUUAUAUUGCAGUGUAAGCAAAAGUAAGUCAUUGUAGUUUAACUAAGAUGGACUGACCAUCCCAAUAGGCAGAGGCCCUGUUCGUAGACGUAUAUCAGUGUUUCCUUUGAACAAGAAAAAAUUAUCUCCUUGAUUCAAAAAUAAAUCGUUCCUUAAUAAUACUAACUUAAACAAAGAUGUAUAAGGUAAAUGUUUUAUAGACACGUAUUGUGUCUCUCUUUUAAUAACUCUUAAUUUACUUUUAUAUUUUAUUUAAUGUUGGGACAUCUUUAAUGUAUUUUACUGCACAAGGCAAUGCACUAUUGCGUUUCUUUAACUUUACCAUUAAAUGUGCAAAAGCUCAACCCUGUAUACAUUUUUUCAUGCAGUUAUAUCUGGGCCUGGAGAGGUUUUUCACUUAUAGUAGUACAUGUGUCUGUAUUGGUUUUUUUCUGAGUGUAUUUGUGUGCACAUGCAAGCACACCCAUAAUGGGAAGGCUUUCCCAAUAGACCAUGCUGGUUGGGUUGCAUGGAAAUUCUGCAUUAGUCUUAUUUGAACAGCUGCCGGCAUUUGUGUUUGUGUGUGUCAGUAUCUGUCUCUGGGAGUGUCGGUCGAUCAGACCAGAUAAAUCGAGUGCAGAUCUUCAUUGUUGUUCUCUCUGGUCUUGGCCAACAGCAGAUCACACAUCACAGAUCCGCUUGCUUUGGUCAGAUCAGUGUUUUAUGAUACUCUGGUUUGCUUUUGAAUUUAUUUGACUGAAAUUUUCAUGUAAUAAAAAAGUUUAUCUGGCUGUGUGAAACGGAUCUAUCAGAUAGUAAACUCUGAGAAAGCAGUUUCAGAGGUAUCCUUAAAUCCAGUGUGGCCACUUUACUGUUUAAAGUUCAGACCUUGAAGUGAUUGAGUUUAGCCAAACCAUUGUGUUUUUUUUUGUUGUUGUUGUUGUUCAUAUAGUCAAGAUUUUUUUUUCUUUUUUUUCUCAUUGUCGAUGUAAAGCAGAAGCUCAAAACACUGAGUUGCCAAUCAAUAUAGAUGUGUUUGAUUAUUUUUGUGCUCUGUAUGAACUAACAAAUGCAUAUAUAGGCCAACCAUAGGCCAGUUCCUUCAUUUUGAAACAGUUAUGGCUGGGUUAAAUCUAGACUUUGGAAAAUAUCACAGUUUAAACCAAUACUGUUACUACACCUUUAUGGCAUUUACUCUUCAUAUGCUUUCAAGUUUGCAAAGAGUACUGAUGUCCAUCUUUCAAUAAAUGUUUAACUCAGCUA